GCUGAACACAGUGCUGCACCACUGAGCAUCUCCAGUGAAACAUGUGGGCAGGGCCUUGCUCGGCAGCACUUGGAGCAUUGUUUGUUUGUGUGAGAGAGUGUUUUUCCAGUCAUCACAAAACUCCAGGGAAAAGUCCGGAGGCUCUCACUCGGACAACUGCGUUCUGUCCGGCACGUCCGACAUCAGUUUAUGUCGAGUUUGGAAGAACUCAUCCCUGGAUCCCACAGGGAGGCGUGAUACCCUCGGUGUGGCGGUGAUGUGAAUUCCCACUCUGGAGUGUUUGUCUCGCUUGGUGUGCAGCAUUUCCGGCAGCACGUGAAGGCAGCACAGAGGCAGCGCUGCUCCGGCCAGGCUCCAGUCAGUGAGAGCUCUCCGCCGGGCAGCGCAUGGAGGAGAUCCCGCUUCACUAGUUUCAUCCUGGAUCUGAAUACCCACCGCGACUCCGGAGGAAAGGGACUUCAGUCAGACUCAAGUGUAGAAAGUGAGUGAAUCUCUUCGGGGAGACAGUGGUUCUGACUCCCCCCCCCUCCCCGCCGUUAGAACAGUAACGGCCGCCUGUGAGCGGCGUCGUCCCGGGGGGAGCCUCUUUUUGUUCAGGGGUGAACACACAGCUAACAACCGCUGGCGCCUUUUUACCUCCAGCCCGGAGAGUGACUGAGAAAUGUCCGCGGACGCUCUGUGCCCGACGGGCGUGAGUCUGCUGGGUUAAGCCGCGAUGAGGAGAGAGUUUACCAGCGGUGAAGCUCCAGCCGGGGACAGCGAAAGCUAAGCUCGUCCCAGCCGCCGCCGCCGCCGGUGCCCAGAGACCGCAGCCAACGCCGCUGAAACACAGUCUUGUCUAAUCUCUCAUUAUUCCCCACAUUCCUCUCUCUCCGCUUUUAUCCCUCGUCAUCCUCCCUCUUGCUUCUAUAUGUGAUUUGUUUUACCUCAUUCGUCUCUCUCCCUCCUGAUCUACCUCUUCACACUCACUCCCCCUCCCUCUCUGCUUCUCUGGCAGGCUGCUCAUUGCAGUGAGUCAGUAUCAUGGAGGCAGGCAGCGGGGCUGCCGCAGCUGUGGGGAGUGCAGCACUAGGACUGCUGGGAGCCACAACCACGUCCAGCCAUGACAUCUUGGACAGGGGUCUGAGGCCUGGACGUCACCCGGAGGAGGACGAUAUUGUGCCUGAACUGGCCCACAUCCAUCCCAGAGAGAGACCUGACUGGGAGGAGACCAUCAGUGCCAUGGCAAGAAGUGCAGAGAUCCCUGAGCUGCGGGCCGAGCCCCUCAUGCGCUCGUGCAGCAGCAGCACGGCCAGCAUGAAGGUCAAGAAUGUCAAGAAACUUUGCUUUACCAAGGGCCACUUCCCGAAACUGGCAGAGUGCGCUCACUUCCACUAUGAAAACGUGGACUUCGGCACAAUUCAGUUGUCCCUUGGUGAUGAACAGUGUGAAGUGACAAGGAACGGCUAUGACUCUAAGGAGCUGGUGUAUUUAGUUCAUAUUUACUGCCAGGGUCGAAGCUGGAUUGUGAAGCGCAGCUAUGAGGAUUUCCGUGUCCUGGACAAGCAUCUACAUCUCUGCAUCUAUGACCGACGCUUCUCACAGCUGCCUGAGCUGCCUCGAUUGGACAGUCUGACUGAUCAGUCAGAGUCAGUUUCCCAGAUGUUGUUAGCGUACCUCUCCCGGCUCUCAGCCAUUGCUGACAACAAGAUCAACUGUGGGCCUGCCCUCACAUGGAUGGAGGUUGACAAUAAGGGGAAUCAUCUGUUGGUCCAUGAAGAGUCGUCCAUCAACGUGCCAGCUAUUGCUGCCGCCCACGUCAUCAAGCGGUACAUCGCUCAGGCCUCAGACGAGCUGUCCUUCGAGGUUGGCGACAUCGUGUCAGUUAUUGACAUGCCUCCUAAAGAAGACACCACAUGGUGGAGGGGCAAGCAUGGCUUUCAGGUUGGCUUCUUUCCCAGCGAGUGUGUGGAGCUCAUAAAUGAUAAGGUGCCGCAGUCCAUGACCAACUCGGUGCCAAAACCAGUGUCUAAGAAGCACGGGAAGCUGAUCACCUUCUUGCGCUCCUUCAUGAAGUCCCGGCCCACCAAGCAGAAGCUGAAGCAGAGGGGCAUCCUCCGGGAGAGGGUGUUCGGCUGCGACCUGGGAGAACACCUCCUGAACUCAGGACAUGAUGUGCCCCAGGUCCUCAAGAGCUGCACCGAGUUCAUCGAGAAACACGGUGUGGUGGACGGCAUCUACCGCCUCUCUGGGAUCGCCUCAAAUAUCCAGAAGCUGCGGCACGAGUUUGACUCUGAGCAGAUCCCCGACCUGACCAAAGAUGUUUACAUCCAGGACAUCCACUGUGUCGGCUCGCUGUGCAAGCUCUACUUCAGAGAGCUGCCCAACCCCCUGCUCACCUACCAGCUCUACGAGAAAUUCUCUGAUGCCGUAUCAGCAGCAACGGAUGAAGAGCGGCUCAUCAAAAUCCAUGACGUCAUCCAGCAGCUUCCUCCACCGCAUUACAGGACUCUGGAGUUCCUCAUGAGACACCUCUCUCACCUGGCAACCUUCAGCUACAUCACCAACAUGCACAGCAAGAAUCUGGCUAUAGUGUGGGCCCCCAAUCUGCUGAGGUCUAAACAGAUUGAAUCUGCGUGCUUCAGCGGCACAGCGGCCUUCAUGGAAGUCAGAAUCCAGUCAGUGGUUGUGGAGUUCAUCCUCAACCAUGUGGACGUUCUCUUUAGCACUAAACUCAGCACACUAAUACGAGAGGGAGCAGGUCACAAUUCGUUGUCACGGCCGAAGUCCCUGCUGGUUUCAUCACCCUCCACAAAACUAUUGAGUCUGGAGGAGGCCCAGGCCAGGACUCAGGCUCAGAUCAACUCUCCGGUCACUGAAGACAGCAAGUACAUCGAGGUGGGCGAGGGUCCAGCUGCCCUGCAGGGCAAGUUCCACACCGUCAUCGAGUUUCCCACUGAGAGGAAGAGGCCUCCUAUUAAAUCCAAGAAGUCCCCUGUGGGUAGUUGGCGUUCUUUCUUCAACCUGGGCAAGUCUUCCUCCAUGUCCAAGCGCAAGCUUCACCGCAAUCCCAGUGAGCCAAAUGAACUGAAAGCCAUGGCUCUCGCUGGAGGCAGAGGAGACACAGCAACGUUAAGAUCAGCCAAAAGUGAAGAGUCACUGAGUUCCCUGCAUAAUGUGGAAGGAGAGUCAAAGGUGUACCGUCCUCGGAGGCCGCGCUCCAGCAGCGAUGCCCUGUCAGCCUCCUUUAACGGCGAGCUGCUGGACAGCCGGCAACACUGCAACUCCUAUGACAACCUGGACGGCACAGAGGACAGCGACGGGGACGACGGGCCCAUCUGUGUGCCUGCUCUCAUCUCACCUCCCCGCUCAGCAGGCGAAGAGGUGGACCUCAGCCCGCCAGACAUUGGCAUGGCCUCCUUGGACUUUGACCCCAUGUCUUUCCAGUGCAGUCUCCCAGACACCUCCUAUGCCUUCCCCCUAGAUGACUCACCAGCUGGGGCCGAGGCCUCCACAUUAAAGAGGAGCCCCGGCAGCGUCUGUGGCAAGACCAAUGGCUCCGACCUCUCAGCUUCCUUCCUGGGCUGCUUGUCUACCCCCUUGUUUCCCACAGACUUCAGUGGUGUUGCUGGAGAGAACAUGGAAAGCAAAAGAUUGACCACUUCCUAUUCUUACACUGAUAAACCCACACAGGCUGUGUCGCCUAUUAAAUCUGGAAAGUCAAUUAGCAUGAGUCCUUUUGCCACUUCAAAGAUUUUCUCUACAGAGAUGCCUGACAUAGAUGGAGCUGGACAGGAUUUCCAUCCACAGCCGUUACCUCCUCCUGUUAUACCCAAGGACUCUCCUCCCCUGAUGGGCAGUGUGCUGCUGAGGGCAGCUGAGCUGUCCCUUGGUGAAGCUUUCCAAAUGGAGCUGCACACGAAGCUGGCAGCGUUUGACAACACGUACAGUCGAGAAGUGAAGGGAGAGGACAGCGUUCAGCAGACACCAGCUGCCAGCAGCCAGAACCACCAAGGAGUUGUAGCCCCGGACUCUUCAAAGGACCUCACCCCUCAUUCCCUCAGUUCCACAGCUCCCAACUCUGCCCCUCCUCCUCCCCCUCCUAAAAAUGCUGCCCGCAUGUUGGCCCUUGCCCUCGCUGAGUCUGCCCAGCAGGUCUCCAUUCAGUCUCAGUCAUGGUCCUCUGAGCCCCCAACACCGGUGUCCCCUCUGCAGGACGCCUGUGACUUCCAGGACUUGCCGCAUCCGCUGGACCCACAUUUCCAGACUUCCUCCGAGGAGAGAGCUGAAAGGGAAAGUCCCCCACCACCAAACGGCACUGCCGCGGCUUUCCCCGUAGCCUCAUCAUAUCCUUCUUCUCCUAGUCCUCCAAUCAAGCAGCAGCCGCUUGAGUGUACCGGCACGAUCACCAAGCCGCCAGACAGUGCCAAGUCCUCAAGAGGUCCACCUGGACCACAACCACCAAAAGACCCCACCCCACCUGACACUCCUCUAUACAAGUGCUCUCCACUCUCUAGUUCAGUAAGCCCGACUUCUCCAACCAGGAAAAGUCCAGAAAGACACCAGGCUGUUGCAGGACAGGUCCCAGUUCAUACCAGCGCAGCCAGUUCCACCCCAGCCUCCACCCCCAGUGACAGCUGUAAAGACACAGGAGUCUUACCACAACCUGGUCCUGAGAUUAAAUCAGAGGGCACUGCGCCACCAGCAAUCCUUCCAAAACCUUCAGAACAGCCGCCUCCAAUUGCUCAAAAGCCCAAAAGGCAUGCUGUGUCCGUGCCACAGCAUCAAACACAAGCCCAGAUACAGCCUCAUCUUCCUACACCGCCUCAACCUCAGACGCAGCCUCAGACACAAGUCCAUUCCCAGCCUCCGACACUCUCGAAGGCCAGUGCAAGAGUGGCCCCCACCUCUGCUGAGCCUUUUGAGAAGCCUUGGGAGGCCAUUAAGCCAGUACAGCCCUGCACAGAUCCUGCAAAGUAUCACGACUCCUACGGACCCAAACCUCCUGCCCCUCCUGUCCGCACCAUCGAGAGCAAACUGGCCACUGCAGCGCUCAGCCAAAGUGAAGCCUCCUAUCACAUCAUGGAUGAGGGCCCUGCACCUGGCCACCAUGAAGAUGCUCUGCCUCACCAUCCUCUUUCUCCUCAUAAAUCUUCCAUGCACCAGCCAGCCUACCUGUACCACGGUAAAGGAGAGUCCGUUUUAAUUGAACCUCCAGGAGCCUCAUACUACCACCAGAGGCCUGUUCCUCUGGGCCCGCAGACCAUGCCACACCACUACCGGCCUGACAGUGUCCCCCCACACCUCUCCUACGUGUCCAAGUCUGAGCCUCAGAUACCUUAUAGUGCCAGAGUAGACAACAGAUACAGCACUUUAGGCCCAAGGUCAUACCACCACUCCAUUAAAUCCAGAGGUAACCCCCGCAGUGUGUUUGUGUCACCGGGGCCAGGGCAUCCGGGUUAUAGCCAUGACAGAACCCACGGCUAUCCCACCAUCCGUAGAGUGCACUCACUCCAUGUUCCUUCCGCUGUUCGCUCAGUGCCCAUCCAAAGGACAGAGGUUCCUCCAGAAGAUGACAUAUUCUUCUACCACAGGCCUGUGUAUCCGUGCAAAGCCUACCAGCAGCCCCCACAGCUGCCCCCACAGCAGCAGCCCCAGCAGCAGCAGCCCCCGCAGCAGUCCUCACAGCAGUCCUCACAGCAGUCCUCACAGCAGUCCUCACAAGCCGACUACCACGUCACUCAGCUGCAGCCUUACUUUGAGAACGGACGGGUCCAGUAUCGCUAUAGUCCUUACUCUGGUUCAAGCCCUCUGGAGGCUCCUUACUAUGACAUCGACCCUUAUGGCACCAUCCGAAUCCGGCACAUCCACUCCUAUGGCAGCCGAGAUCCUGGAGCUGCUGCCAGCCGACCAGGUGGAAAGGCCACUGGCUACCACUACCUUGCUCGCCAUGUUAUACCACCCGGGAAGGAGCACAGCUUCGUGAGCAGGGACAUGCCCCCCAGCCAUGGGACCAAGGAGGCUGCGUCUUACCUCUCUUGGGACCCCGAGGAGUCAGAAAGGCUUCGCAUGCACUCCAUCCGCAGGGAGAGCAGGGCCAGACAGAGGAUUAAAGGCCCCGUCCUCUCUCAGUAUGACAACGUCGGCUUGUUCACACCAGCAGAUAUAUCAGGUUAUGAAACCCUACACCUGCGCAGUAAAUCUGACCCAGGUAAAGCUGUGCUGGUUGUAGCGGAAAGCAAAGAUGGCCGCUACCUCCCCAGACACAUGGUGUCAGACCCUGAUGUUCUCAUGUACAUGGAGACUGACAAGCACGUCCAGGGCAAUGUAGUAGGUGACAGGUCGGAUGGACAUACCAAGCAAAGCAGUUCCAAAAAAUGCCAAUCCUCUCACUCCCUUCCUGCUACUCUGAGCCACAGUCUCUCCCAUCAGCAGGAGAGCGGCCGACACGAGGCCAAGUACGAGACUGGAGACGACAAGCUGGGUGGAGACAGCGGCAGGUCGAAACACUGGCAGCAGGAGUAUCCCAACAAGAGAAACUUCCAACCCCGGUACGAGUGUCCUGAUUCUGACCACCACCAGAGUAAAGUGAAAACGUCGAGCGGAUACCACAGUGCGGAAGACCCACCGUCGGCUCCAAGGGAACAAGUGGCCCGCUCCAAACUCGAGCGAUCGCACAGCGUCCGAGAGCAGCAGCACUACAACCAGGGCAAAGCCGACGUGGACAGAGACUACUCAUAUCAGAAACACAGCGCAAAACCGGCACAGUCCCACUAUGAUAACUUGGACGAUUACCACCCAGUACCUCAACCUCAGGCUCCUGUCCAAAAACGUGGAGGCUCCGGCUCCUAUCCCGCCCCUGGAUUCUCAGCGAGCCACAACAACAGAGCGUACUCCACAGCACUGGGCCAGGGAGCCUAUAUCCAGACUGAGCUGGCCAUGCAGAGGUCAGAGACAGAGAUCCGUACAGAAUAAAGCAUUUAGGGAGGAAACGUGAAAUUAUCUUUAGCUGUGUAGAAGAAAGACUAAUGAGCUACGGUUGAGCAGCCUCUGCAGGACAGUGGACUGUCGCAUCACCAAUAUUUUUGCUCCUUUGUAUUUUUAAUGAAUUGUAAAGAAAAUUGUAAGACUUUUUACAGAAAGUCCUGAAUGUACCUGAAAUUACUGUUCAAGAGGUCAUGUUAUUGUGAUUAAUUGAGACAGUACCCAGUCAAAAGUGUAUAUGAUAUGAAAGACGUAAGGUACUUUCAACAGGAACUACAAAAAUGUAAAAUAUAUAUAUAGACAAUAUAUAUAUAUAUAUGAAUUUAGAAUCGCUAGUAAAAAGGGAUUUUUAGUUGUAUUUUUUUUAGGCGUGGCGCUGGGUCUGAGCAUCAACUGGGAUUAAGGUUUGCAUUUUAGAAAUGCAUGCACUCUCUAUCUCUUACAGAACAGUUCUGUGUAGUUCACUAUCCAUUGCGUUCUUUCUGGAUGUUACAGCACAACUUAUUGAAGGAGGAAACAUGUAGGUCAUGACGCCCCCCCUCUCUGAUAAUAUGUACUCAAGUAGGCGUCACGGUGUGUCCAUGUUUGUCUUGAAGAAUCCAGCUGAGUGUGAGUUUUUAAUAAGGAGCUGCAGUGGGUUUGUUUCCGUUAAUACAAAGCUUAUCAAUCUCUCAUUUUCUCUGUGACUGUGCCAUUUUUACAUAACUUUGCUAUGAGCAGAUUUGAUUUCUUCUGAUGGAAUGUGUUGGUACUUGUCUGUUCUUCUGUGGAAGAGGGACCAAAAAGACUCGGGGCAGUUGUUGCACAUAACGUGAUAAAAGUGGGGAAGAUGGAUGUGUGUGUGUGUUGUAGCUUUAGAUGUGUACGCAGGGGUGUCAGAAGUCAUUUUUAUUUUUUCUUCAAAAUCAAGGUACUUUCAUGAACUGGACUAACUGAACAAAUCUGAAAAUGACAUCCUCUCGAACACCGUGGCGAGGAACAUGUUGCCGCUGCUUAGUGCAAAGAAAACAACUUGGUGACGAGCCUUAAAUUGAGUUCCUACAGACGUGAUUUUGUUUACUGUCAUUGUCAUACAAGCCCAUUGUCAUACUGCACAAACAAUGUGAUUUCAGAUCACUCUUGAGGAUUCUUGGCAGUUCAGGGUUUGCAGGUGACCUGCUGUGGUUGUUCAGUUUUGUAUCACCUCACUGGUUCUGAAUUUAAAACAUUGAGGGAUGGAAACAUUUUUUAAAGAUUCUGGGGCCACUUUUUUCAAGCUGGAUACUAAUGUAUAGUACAUUCAUCUGGUAUUAUACUACAUGACCUUUUGGUUCAUCAUAAUGGAAAAACUAUAAUAUGUUCAAAUGUCUAAAUCCAGGUUGUACUCUGUAACCGUUUGACUUCUAUAUUGCUUGCAGGUUUUGCUCCUCUUGCCUUAUCUAAAGCCUCUACCUUUUCAGAUGGGGUGUUAAAGUAAGGCACUGUGUACUUGAAUGUGAAAACACUCUUGUCUCAAACUAGAGGUAUCUAAAGUUAGAGAUGAAAUAAAUAAAACUGGUCAGGAAUAGCUGUAAUCCAUGUGUGUUAUUAUGU